AUGAAGAAAAGCAUAAGCAGAACCAGCUCCAAUGUGUCCGCUUAUAUGUUGAAGUUCUACAUUGUCGUUGGCACAGCCAUUCUUCUUACACUUGCAGCUGUGCUCAAUCAUACUCGUCCGAAAUUUCUUUUCGGUAAACCAAGACCAAAAGUUCGCCCCUUUCGAUUGACAUCUAUUUAUCCUCCUGGCAUAAAGAUAGAAUCGGACCUGCCUCGUUUCUUUCGAACUUAUUCCAUUGCCACGCCACAUAAUGAGAAUGCGCGGAAGGCGGUGAUUAAGAUGGUGAACAGCAGAAGGGUGCUGCGGCAAAGGAGUGGCAGCUACAAGACAUAUCUAAAGACAUGGGAUGAAUCUUCAGCAAGCAUGCUGAUCGAGAGACAAAUAUGUGGGCACGAUUUUGAAUCUGUAUACAAGUCAAGCAGCGCUGAACGAAAAAAUGAUUUGAUCAUGUGGUGUAUGAUGAGCGUUACCAAAACGGAAGGAUUUUUCCUCAACUCUGUUGAACUUUUGGAGUCGCCUCUACUUCUGACCAAAGGUAAAGGCAUUGUUGUUCGAUCGGCUGCGAGCCCAUCGAGUUUAUCAAUUGAUAUGUACCUACACCCAAGGAACAUGACACAUGAAGAUGACAUGGCCAUUGUGCCGGCCCAAUUACUCGCCCGGAUGAUAGAAACCCCUGAAUCUGGCUCUUACUCCGCAUAUCGCGAAGAGAUGGAGCAACGCUUCCAUGACAUUGUAUUCUCAGAUUCAAAUAAAGAGAAGUACAUGAUCUUGACAGAAAUUUGUCAAAAAGAUCGCCCACUUUUUGCAAUCAGCAAGAAAUGCGAGUCAAGUUCUUGUUGCUACAUCGUUGUUCCUGAAGAAUAUGGAAGUUUUAUAUUUGAAUCCAGCAGUGAAAACUAG